AGUAGGCCCACGGCAUUCGAAGUUGUGCACCAAAUCAGACAUGCAGUGGAAAGCAGCAGCACGAGCAGCAGCAGUAGCAGCAACGGUACUGGCGUUCGCCGGUACUUCGCCAGUCGCCGCACAGAAGGUCGCGAUACAGUAUUGGUGCCGGCCCAACGAGGCGACCUGUAAAGCCCCCGGCGCAGAGGAGUUGAGUCUAAGUAUCGGCUGCCCAGCCCCCCACGGCGGCUGCGCAUUCGCCCCCGACACCACAGAGCCAAGCGUGUGCUGCUGCGGCGCCAGCGAGAUCCGGUGCUGGAAGGGUGGACAAACGUGCGAUGGUCGGGCGUCACAGAUGAGCGUGUGCGAUUUCGGCGGGCAGACCUGGUGCUGCGACACUAAAUGGGAGACCUGUGGAGUCAGCCCCGGACAGGAGGGUAGGUGCUACCUAAGAUAGGGUAGGCCGCUGUUUUUCGGUUCCAGCCCCAAGUCUGGUUUUGAGACUAGCUCAACGUCAAAGUUUGACUUUGCUACGGUGGAUGUCUUUGGGACGCAUUUUAAUACGGAUACUGAGACUGGGGGGAGAGCGACGGCGACGGAGGCAGUGGCCACGAUGAGGGGGGGACUGAGUGGGAGUAGGAGUGGG